AUGGGCGGCGGUAUUCACUUACCAUCAGCACAUCCUAACUUAAAGGUUUUUGUUACUCAUGGCGGUCAACUCUCUACCACGGAGGCAGUCAAUUUCGCGGUACCGGUGAUUGGCAUCCCUGUGAUGAGCGACCAGCACGUCAAUAUGAAGUCUGUAUUGCAAAAGGGAUUUGGUCUAACAGUAUCCCUCGCUGAAGACAUGGCUCCAAACCUUAAAAGCGCCAUAGAA